GUGGGUUUACCAUAACCUCAAGUUGGGGAAACACGCUUGCCGCUGCGCGAGAGUAUUCGGUGCAAUUGAUAUUUAUUUAUCUGGAUUUACUACGUCGGUUUUUCUACUCGCGCGACGAUGACGAUCAAGAAUGAGAGGGCGAACGAGGGAGAGAAGAAGGAGAGCGGCGUCGGCGAAGGAGCAGCCGCGAAUAACGGCGAUCUGUGGGGCUCGGACAUGUAUCCGGAGAGGAGAGGAGAGAAAUUUAAGCCUAGCUGGUUUAAGAGGUUCAUUGGUGCCGAGGGACGAGAAGCGAUAGACAAGAACAGAUGCGAGGAUAACGUUUAUAAAUGUGUAAACCGUAGUCCCAUAGUAAAACUCAUGCUGGGAGCACUGAAGGGUUCCGGAUGCGAAAUAGACAUCCGACGACAUAUUUCUUGCGAGGUGUGCAAUCCGAUAGCAACUGGUGGAUACGAUUCAGAAUUUAAUCAGAUAGUUGUCUGUCAAAAUUCGGCCACUAGUGAGAACAUGGUUCGAGGAGUUCUUCUACAUGAAAUGAUUCACAUGUUUGAUUAUUGCCGUAAUGAAUUAGACGUGAAAAAUAUCGAGCAUCUAGCCUGUACAGAAAUUAGAGCGGCAAAUCUUGCACACUGUAGUUUUAUGAGCUCGCUAUUUCAAGGCGACUCGUCUUUCUUUAACAUAAAAGAGACGCAUCAGGCUUGCGUAAAGCACAAAGCUAGAUUGUCAGUGAUGGCUGUGCAUAAAGUAUCGGCAGAAGUGGCAAACGCGGCUAUUGAAAAGGUGUUCACAAAAUGUUACAAUGAUUUGGAACCAGUUGGUAGAAGACUUCGUAGAAAUUCAUUUGAUAUGCCAAGAGCGUAUGCAGAAGGACAUUUAUAUGGAUAUGAUAUGUAAAUACUUAAGAAAUUGUGUGAGAAAGAUUAGCCGCAUUUUCCGUGGGAAAAGGAUGGAAAAAGAUUUGCUUUAACGAUAUAGAAAUAAGAACUUAAAAA